GACAGAAACAUCUUCACUUAAAUUUCUCACUUUCAAUUAUUCUAUUAGCACGCUCCUGGACGUGGACCUUUGAGCCUCUGAGCAUUGGCCUUGGUUUCCAGAACGGCAGCCAUGGCCCCGUCUCCUCACCAGCAAAACUCGCAGCUCGUCGUCGACCCUGACACGGUUCCGGCCGGGGGAGAAGAGGUCAGGAGCGAGGCAGAGUCCCGAGAAGAUGCAAAGCUACUGAAAUCUAUGGGCUAUAAGCCAGUCCUUCAUAGGACAUACACAUUACUUGAAAACUUUUCGACGACAUUCGCUGCUCUCUACUUUGUUGGAGGAGUGCGCGUCACUUAUAGUACAGGUAUCGCAGCAGGUGGAAACCUGGCUUACUGGACGAGUUAUCUAGUCACUUUGGUCUUCACAUACAUUACCGCUGCUGUCAUCGCGGAGGUAUGCUCUGCCUCGCCCUCCGCGGGCUCUAUCUACUUGUGGGCCGCGGAGUCUGGAGGUCCUCGCUUUGGAAGGCUACUCGGGUUUGUGGUUGCUUGGUGGAGUACUACGGCCUGGACGACCUUCUGUGCUAGCAACACCCAAUCUGCUGUCAACUACAUGCUCUCGGAAUUGACGGUGUUCGACGUCGACUUCCCGAAAGACACUUCCAGUGUCAAAUUUCGUGCUGUCCAGUGGAUCUGCACAGAAGUGUUGCUGGCAUUGGCCGCACUUCUCAACUACCUGCCGCCUAGGUUCUUCAAAUGGGUGUUCUACUUCUCGUCCUUCAUCGUCAUGCUGGACUUCUUCCUCAAUGUCAUCUGGCUGCCGAUUGGCGCCGCCAACACAUGGGGUUUCCGCACGGCUGAAGAGGCAUUCAUGUCCACCUACAACGCCACAGGUGCCCCUGCAGGCUGGAACUGGUGUCUUUCCUACCUCGCCACUGCCGGUAUCCUGAUCGGGUUCGACGCCUCUGGUCACGUUGCAGAAGAGACCAAGCAUGCUUCGGUGACGGCAGCACGUGGUAUCUUCUGGAGUACUGUCGUCAGUGGCAUUGGUGGACUAGCAACUAUCAUUCUGUUCCUCUUCUGUGCACCCGACAACGACACUCUCAUGUCCUUCGGCUCUCCUCAACCAUUCGUGCCCCUCUACGCCGUCGUCCUCGGCAAAGGAGGCCACAUCUUCAUGAACGUCAUUUGCAUAGUCGCAUUGUGGCUCAACACAGCGAUCGCCAUCGUCGCCGCCUCCCGCCUCGUCUUCGCCGUCGCCCGCGACGGUGUCCUCCCCUUCUCCAGCUGGGUCUCCAAAGUCCACAACGGCCAGCCCCGCAAUGCCGUCAUCGUAGUCUGGGGAGUCUCAGCACUCAUAAGCUGCACGCUCCUACCCUCCGACGUCGCCUUCACAUCUCUCGUCUCCGCCGCCGGUGUCCCUAGCGCCGCCGCAUACGGGCUCAUCUGCCUCGGCCGACUCCUCUGCACCCCGAAACGCUUCCCCAAGCCCGAGUGGAGUCUCGGUCGCUGGAGCAAGCCGUUCCAAUUCAUCGGUGUCUUCUGGAACGGCUGGGUGGUAGCUGUGCUAUUCUCUCCUUAUGAAUUUCCCGUCACCGGCGCUAAUCUAAACUACGCCCCAAUCAUCAUGGCCGGUGUGACCAUCUUCGCUCUAAUUUCCUACUUCAUCACCCCCGAAAGCGCCUGGUUGCCUAUUGACCGCAUCUCGCAUUUCAUCGAUAGCAAGGGUGCUGCAACCGAAACCGUCGAGGAAGUUGGUAGUGGUGAUAAUCAUCAUCAUCAUCAUCAUCAUCAUCAUCAACAGCCUGAGGCGACGACGUCUUCCUCCGGGAGGGAGGAGAACUGAGUGCAAUAUCGCGUGGCGCACGCCGCAGUAAUUUAUAUGUUGUAUUUUACGAUUGGUGGUUGUGGUGAUGCUGG